AUGGAAAAAGAUUCCAGUGAUACAUUUUUCGAUUGGGCUGAUGAAGAUGAUAUUCUCGAUCGACAAACAGUGCAUGUUCCACUGAACUCGAAAAUUCCAACGAUUCUUUUUGGAAAAGAAACCGAACUAACCGGUAUCGAUCCUUACUUGUAUGUUUGGUUUAACUGUUCUGUGGAUCAGCAUGGAUGGAAAGCCUAUAUUGUACCAAUUGGUGAAUCCAUUUAUAUUGAUAAGAAAUGCAGCGUUGUGCUGAACUUGGACACUGGAGAAGCACAAAUUAGCAUGAAACAUGCAAUAUUUUAG